ACUUACUCUGAAUUUCUGCAGAAAAUAUACAUUUUAAAACGGAAUAAAACCAAAUGCAUCAUAUGUAAUACUUUGACAUCAUUCCAGUGAUAUUUUGAUCAGGUACCAGGACUUUCCAAGCGUCUCCGUUGAAUAUCCAAGCAGCAGCUGCUCUGGUCCUCCCCCGAGACUGUUCUUGAAGGACAUGUGGCCCCAGAACCGAGGUGCCCGUUCCCGGUCUCCAAACGCAGAACCAGCACAGGAGCGGCUCAGGACAGACGGAGCGAGGGACUCCAGUCAGCGGCGUUUGUGGACACUCGCCGCAGGCGGGGACGAGGACAGACGCCGGCGUCGGACCUUCGGUGGUCCCUCUUCAGAACCAGAGCAGACUUGGAACUUUGGCGGAAAUGUCUUCUGCGGACCUGGGCGAGCAAACGUCGGGGGGGUCCGAAACAAGGCAGAACUUUCCGUGCUUCAGCCUGGUGAGGAAGAGGACGAGAAGCCGCCGGUGCUGUUCAGUAAGAGGGAGCCUCGCAUCUAUGCCCCGGGAAGCCAGGAGGAGCGCUGGCAGCUCCAGAUCGCCGCCAGAGGCCGAGCGAAGUGCCCCAAAUGUAAAAGUGUGAGCAGGAAGACGGUGGAAGGUCUCAAGAAGCACGUGGACAAGUGCAGAACGCAAGCGUUCACGUGCCAGCACUGCGGGAAGCAGCUCAAGUCUUCCACGGGGAUGAAGUAUCACGUCAUGGCCGACCACGGCGACCGGCCGUCGGCGGAAGACGCCCAGCAGCUGGACCAGCGCGCUGUCAAAGACAAACUGAGGAAAAUCCUGAAGCAGUUGGGCAAGGUCAAGUGCUGCAAAGAGGGCUGUACGGCGGCGUUCAGCAGCAUCAUGGGAUACAUGUACCACAUGAAGAAGUGCGGCAAGGACCAGGCGGAGCUGGACAAGAUGCUCCUCGCUUGUCCACACUGCGGCAAAGCCUACAAGUCCAAAACCGGCUUGGACUACCACCUCAAGUCCGAGCACGCCCCCGCGGGUCCGGCGUACCGCGACGAGGUGGCGGACGUCCCGAGCCGGGCCGAGGCCGAGAGGUCGUCCGGCGGCAGAGUUCGGCGGGCCUCGGCGCUGCUGGCCAACUUCCACAUGGCGGAGAUGGCCAAAAAGGAGCCGUCCAAAGACUGGCCCAAAAGGAACUUUCAGUCCGACCUGGUGCCCGACGACAAAAAGUUGAAGUACUCGCGACCCGGGCUGCCCGCCUUCAGCCAGGACCUGCUGCGGAAGUGGAAGAACGAAGUGAAGCUGCACAGGAAGGUCCACUGUCCCAACCAGGGUUGUGGGUGCACAUACACCAGCGUGUCUGGACUCAAGGCUCACCUGGGACUGUGUACCAGGGGCGAUUUCGAAGCGGGAAAGUACCGAUGUCUGAUCUGCGGCAAAGAGUUUCACUCGGAGAGCGGCGUGAAAUAUCACAUCAACGCCACGCAUUCGCAGGAAUGGUUUGUGACCAACAAAAAGGCUUCCGUGAGGUUCCUGAAAAAGCAGCCGAGAGAGACGGACCACUACCACCAUCAUCAUCAUCAUCGUGACUCCCAGAUGCAGCGAGCGCCCCCGCUUCUGUGCACCCCCGUGGCGCGUCCCCCCGGGCCCACGUGGCCGGACGCGACGUCCGAGCAAGCCCCCAUUGAGAUGGACGACGCCGACAAAAUGGCAGAGGGGAACCGAAGGGAGCGCCAGGCGAGACGCGACGGCGGCCUCGAGCAACGCGGCCAGCGCGGACCUGCGGCUCGGUGGGAUCGCAGACGGCCGGACGGCUGGGAGUUCCACGCGCGCGCCUCCAAAAGACAAAAACUGCUCUGAAAAGUCCAAAAGAAAAGAGCGCAGGUGAGAUUAGCAUGAAGGUGAGAGAUUGCGAUAUGCUCAGCAACAAGUGGCGUUGAUGUGGGUGAUUUCUACCGUCUAUUGUGUUCCCUUACCAUCAAUAUUUCCAGUAGAAUUUGAAGAUGUUAUUGCAGCACGUGUGCCUCUUAGACGUGACUUCAGCGCUACCCAUAAAACGCUCAUCUGACUUGCAACAUCAGCUGCAAAUUCACGUCACCAUCUCUCGACGUGUAAAUGUUAAUUAACGCUUUACUAAACAAGAGACAGGACAAGCACUUUGACAAUAAAGAGAAUUUAUUCAAAUCUUGCAUGCAAAUGGAAGGCUUAAAUACAACCUUUUCUCCAUUUUGUGAGACACACUUUGUAGCCGAAUAAGCUUUUUGUUUCCCGUGCAAGUGCUCGUGUGAUACUUUUUCAUCAUGGCAGCCAACUUCAAACAUGUCAUUAAACACUUCAACUUGUA